AUGCUCAGCAAUAUGCGCUAUCUCUGCUGUAGCGUAGUACGCCAGCCGUGGCGGGUGGAGGGCCAUAGUGAGUGUAUUGUAGAAGGAGAGGAAGAGGAUGUAAUUGAUUGCGAUCAAGGCCGCAUUUGGAGAGAGCAUUUGGAAUUAGUGAGCGACUUAGGCGAGCGAAUCGGAGGCCUCAGAGCACCCCUCCGGGCCAAUCAGAACGUGGUGAAGCGACAGGGGGGGAGGGGGUGUGCGAUUAGUAGCCCCCUAUAA